AUGGUUAGACGAAAAGAAGGGCUCGACGACGAUGGAGACGAUGUGAGUUCUGCCGUGAUGAUGCCCUUCAUAUUCAUGCUGCAUCUGUUCUUCCCAGCAGCCCUCACGGUUUCCUCAUCUGGUGUCGCCCCCUCUCGGACUCCUCUCCCUCUCUCUCAUCAUCUUUCUUCUUAUCCGCCUCGCCGUCGCAUCUGCAGAGCCUGUCUUGCACCUGCCUCGGAUUCCGCGUUUUUAAUCUUGCGAAGAGGCCAGGGAACGUCGGGUGGCGUGCCUCUGCCUCUGCGGCGGGCGCUCAAGUCGCCCCCCUACGGGGGAUCGCUGCCUUCGAAAAGAGCGGGAAGUCACGCAGUUUUCUUGCCUUCUGUGGCCCCUGUUACCCCAUCUAGGCGAUCCCCUGCCUUUGCCGCUUGUUCCUUGAAUCUAGGCUCUUCCUCCUCGUUAGGUUUUCAGCUGAGGCCGGCGAUAUGGUUGCCGCCAGCGCUGAACGCCACUCGUCGGGGUCUCGUGUCUGACGGCCUGUGCGCUGCAAGCUUGAGACGGUUUUGUGACCCUGUCCGCAUCUCAAAGGCGGUAGGCAGUCGCCUAAACCCAACACAGCCGCUGUCUUCUUCUGUGGCGGGCGUUUGUGGGUUCGCGAGUCCCCCGUCCACGGGCGUUGCCUCGUCUGUUCGAGGCCACAGUUCCUCUGCCUCUGCGCGUUCUUCGUCUUCUUCUGUGGUUUCUGCGUGUUCGGCGCCUCGCUGUUUCUUCGGCUGUCCGCUUCCUGGGCGUCGCGGUCAGCCUGCGUUUUUCGCCGCGUCGUCGUCUUUCGCUGUUCCGCCGUUUGGCCUGGGUGUGUCUGGAUUCAUUUCCUCGUCUGCGUGGGAGCUGCACAGAGGCCGCGGACGGAGAGAGAUGGAGUCUCCGCUUUCGCGCGAGACCUGCGCAGACGGUUCCUUCUCGCCUUUGUGGGUCGCGGGCGAGUGGGGGGCGUCGUUCUCGCCGGCCUCCUCGCGCCCUUCGUCUCCGCCUCUCUCGCCACACGCGUCUCCGUGCUCAUUUAUUCUUGCGCCUCUUGUGUGCGUCGCUUCGCAACUGGGCGACGAUGAGCAGCUGCGAAACUCGCCGGCAGCCGCGUAUCCUGCCCGGCGCACUCUGUCGUCUUCGCGUUUCGCUUCUCCGCCUUCCGCAGCAGGCGAGUCCACGCCGCAUGGCCCCUGCGGCGCUGUCUCCCCCGCGCCGCCUUCCUCUUCGCCCUCCUUCUUUUCCGCACAGACUGCGUCUCUGCGCCCCGUCGGGGGUGCUGGAGGCGCCCCGGCGGCCCAGGCGGGCGGGGUCCCGCUGCCGGUGAAGUCGCUGCACUUUGACGUCGUGGACAGCACGCAGAAGUGGUGUUUGAGGAACUUGGGCGACUUGUGCGCGACGCACGGGUUGUCGCCUUCCGCGUGGGUGGCGGUGAGCGCGUCGCGGCAGACGGCCGCAGUGGGGACGCGCGACCGCGCGAGUCUGCAGGAGAAGAAGUGGGUCUCCCCGUCCAACAACGUCUCCGUGACCUAUGUGAUCCCGUGGCCAGUCGCUCUGGCCUCGCGGCUGCUGAGCUUUGCGCAGACUGCCUCGGUGGCAGUCUGCAGAGUGCUCGCCGAGUACGGGCUCCGCGGCCAAAUCAAAUGGAUCAACGACGUUUUCGUGGACGGGAAGAAGAUCUGCGGCAUCCUCUGCCACAACCCCGCAUUUGUCUUGCCUUCGCCGGGCCCGCCCGCAGGCAGUCCCGUACACCACUCAACUGUCUCCUCGUCGUGGCCGUCGCCUCACAGCCCCUCCACUGCCUCGCCCCCCGUGGCGGGCGCGCGCUCCCGCUCGUCCGCAGCCAGUUGGGCUCUCUGCGACGACGGCGAGCGGUACUGGGCAGUCCUCGUGGGGGUGGGAAUCAACGUCGAGAGGAAACCCGCGGCCGCCGAAAUGUCGGUGAAGCAGGCCGUCACAUCGAUGGCUGAGGAGCUCGCGAGAGCGGGGCGAGGCGGGGGGUUGAGGCCAAACGGCGAGGCAGGCGCCGCGCGAAAGAAGCUCGAGGCAGCGACGCCCGCGCGCGAGCCACGCGAUUUCGCCUUCCACGCACAGACGCAGGCCUUCGGCGAGGAAAGGGAAGGCUUCGAGGAGAGAGAAGAUAAAGAACGAAAGUCUGAUAGCAGAGGCGCAGCAGGUGGGUGUCCUGAAGCCCUUGACUCAGGAGGCUCCCCCUCGGAGUCGGGCUUAGACAUGCACUCAAUACGCGCCUCCCUUGACGCCCACAUGUAUGAGAGUUUUUCCGUGCUGCGACGGGAAGGGUUCAGAGCGCUGCGGCCUUUUGUUCUGUCCCGGCUCGCUUGGCUGGGCGAUUACGUCGAGCUCGAGGAUGAAGUCUGUGAGCCUUCGCCCGCGAGUUCAGGUUCUGUCCUCUCCCCAGUGAAAUUUCCUGGAUCUCUUUCGGCGAAGCACCUGCCGCGUGAAUCUCGCUCGCACGCGGGGGGAGACGAAGAGGCAGACGGUGAGGACGAGGUCUUUACGGACCUCGACGGCGUGGCGGAGAGUCGAGCCUUUGCUGGCGGCUGCGACGCGAGCACCUAUCCCUCCGGAUGGACGCAGAGUCUGGGGACUCCAGCGGGAAAACAAGGCAGAAGUCUUCUCGCCGCGGGCAUUCUUCAAGGCCUCGACGAUGAUGGCGCCAUCCUGAUUCGCAUGACGGACGGGCGAACGCAGAAAUUUCUCGGCGGCCACCUCGUCAGGCCCUAA